AUGGAUAUCAUGUCAAACGACAAAUACAUUGUUUGCGGCUUUCCUAACGAGAACAAUAAAAUAUCUAUUGCGUACAAAGAGUGGAUAAUUUCUCAACUUGACGAUGAUGGUUUGCAAGGCAUCAUAGAUCAAGGAACACAAAUUCAAUUAAAAUGGCCGAAAAACUGUGUUAUCAAGAUGCAUUUUGCAACUAUGGAUAAAGUGUUAAAAAAAGCGGACUGGGAGGUUACUGUGCAGUUAUUCUGGCACAUGGUAGUAAGUGAAUAUUUUUUAUUCUGUUAUUUUAAUGUAAGGACAGUGAUAAUCAUUGUUGUAUACACUACGAUCCUAUGUAAUAAAUGUUAUGUGUAG